AAUCCUCUCGUGCUCGCUUUCAGUAUUUUGUGAUAUAGAACAGUGAUUUUGGCGUAAAUCUUGAACAAAAACAACAGAAAUUACGAACCACUCCAGGCGCCAUGGUUGAUGAAGGAACGCGAAAGGCCCUCAGUGGCAUUCCCCUUCUGAAAACAAAAGCUGGCCCCCGUGAUAAAGACCUGUGGGUGCAACGGUUAAAGGAGGAAUAUCAGGCACUAAUUAAGUAUGUGCAAAAUAACAAAGCAUCAGACAUGGACUGGUUCCGGUUAGAGUCAAACAAGGAGGGAACGAAGUGGUUUGGCAAAUGUUGGUACAUGCACAACUUGCACAAGUACGAGUUCGAUGUGGAGUUUGACAUUGCCGUGACGUACCCUGCAACAUCGCCGGAAAUAGCGCUGCCUGAACUGGACGGAAAGACGGCGAAAAUGUACCGUGGCGGUAAAAUUUGCCUCACGGAUCACUUCAAGCCUCUGUGGGCGAGAAAUGUGCCCAAAUUUGGAAUUGCGCAUGCAAUGGCCCUAGGGUUAGCACCAUGGCUGGCAGUUGAGAUCCCGGAUCUAAUAGAGAAAGGCAUCGUAUCGUACCAUGAAAAGGGCACAUCCUCGGGCUAGGAGACGCCGCAUCCGUUCCACUACUAUUUAACGCCUAUCGUUGCAUUGUUAUCCCUGUUUUACUCAUUUGUCUAUCUGCUGAAGAAGUAAAAGCAUUGAAACACUUUC